UCUUGGAUCAGGAGGAGGAGGCUACGGAACUGCCUUUGCCCUUUCAAUUCCCCCUUCCCCUAUUUCGACUAUCUCUACAAGUGUCGCCUUAAAUAUCGGCGGAAAAUGACACCUUUUGAGAGGAGCUCAACCCUUACCCAGCGUGAGCGCUUGAGUAUCAGGCCCCGUCGCUGCCCGCAGUGUUCCGAGUUCGAGGGCCGCUGCCCGGCCGACGGAAGCACCACCGAAAGAGACAGCGCGAGCUUAAAAGAGGUAUACAAGGCUGGGAAUCUGACCGUCCUCGCUGGGGAUCGCGAGCUUCCCGACAGCCCGGUCCAAUUGGACUUCCAUUUCAAGCUUGGCACCCAGGACACAGCUCAUUGGCACGGCUUACUGCAUGGGCAUACGCUCUUCCUCGACGCCCCUCACCUGGCCCUGGAACGCUGCAGCCGCGAAAGCUUGACUGCGACCCUGGAAUACGUGGAAGAAGAGACGGACGUGGACCGGGUGUUCGUCAACUUUCGCAAAUGUCGAUCUGACCAUGGCAACCUGCUCCGGGCAUUCAGCUUCUUGGGAUUCGAACUCGUUCAACCAGACCAUCCUGCCCUCCCACCUUGGACGGAUGUCGUUUUCAUGGUGUACCCCCUGGAGCGGGAAUUGGGCCCGAAAGCGGCACAAGAGUCACCUAAUUUAGGGGCACCAAAUGGAGAGGAGGGGUCUGCACUUGUAGAAAGCAUCUCCAACCCAACUUGA